CCUCUGGUCCCUGGCCACCCCCGCUGACCCCGCUGUCUCUCCGUUGCAGUGAUCCGAGCGAAAGCCGUCUCUGCGAAAGAGGUGGAUUCGGGGAACGAUAUAUACGGGAAUCCGAUCAAACGAAUCCAGUAUGAAAUCAAGCAGAUCAAGAUGUUUAAGGGCCCCGACAAGGACAUAGAGUUCAUCUACACGGCUCCGUCCACUGCCGUGUGCGGCCGGCUGCUGGACACCGGCGGGAAGAAGGAGUAUCUCAUCGCAGGCAAGUCAGAGGGCAACGGGAAGAUGCACAUCACGCUCUGUGACCUGGUCUCCACCUGGGACUCGCUGAGCCCGACCCAGAAGAAGAGCCUAAACCAGCGGUACCAGAUGGGCUGCGAGUGCAAGAUCUCGCGCUGCCUCUCCAUCCCCUGCUUCGUCUCCUCCUCGGACGAGUGUCUCUGGACGGACUGGGCGAUGGAGAAGAACAACGUGGACGGGCGGCAGGCGAAGCACUACGCUUGCAUCAAGAGGAGCGACGGCUCGUGCGCCUGGUACCGCGGCAUGGCCCCCCCCAAGCAAGAGUUUCUCGACAUCGAGGACCCCUAAAGCCAAACGAGCGCAUUCCAGUAGCCAGUAGGAAAAAAACAAAAAAACAAAACAAAAAAAAAAAAACUGG